AUGGUCGCCGUGGAUAACGGCUUUAUUGAUUACUCGGGCUCUAUCAAGUCUGGAAAGGGGUCGCACAAGGACAAGGAUAGUGAUGACCGCGGUACUACACCUUGGAAGCGCUCCAAGACGAGGUCGAGAUCCAUACCGUCGAGUGAGGACGGCAAUGACGACCCCAGUGAAGCCAGCGGUCAGAGCGGCACUCAAAGCGACGACGACGAAUCUCCCCGACCUACAGUGGUCAGAAAGGCUUCUCGCAAAAGUUUGAAGGCGAAAACGGGUGGAUACUCAGGCGGGGAUGAUGACGAGGAAGAGGACUCGCGGGCGGGCGAGGUGGGGGCGGGGGCGGUCCAAGCCCAGCCGGCAGGCUUCGCUGUGCCCAAGCCGAAGCGAGUGACUAUUGUGAGUAAAAAAGUUUAGGUGUUCAUGUAUCGUCUUGUGAGAGCGUUUGUAUUGAACCACAGAGCCAUGACCUCUCGUCCUCACAUGCCGGCGACUUCCGGGACUGACUUCGGCUCGUUUGCUGAACUAGCCUUCCGUCGUAAGCGACUCGCCGCCUGUCAUCGACUACUCGCGCAAGACCUCAACCAUCUCCAAGUCGGAGCAACGCAUCGCAUCCAGCGUCAAAUCUGCAGCUCCCCAGUCGGAUCGCAGCGACAGCGAUUCCACCGAGCCGCCGGCCACCGCGGUCGCACUCAGCCAGCGAUCCACCCGCGAUGCUCGCGGGGGCGGCAACAGCGAGGACGAUGGCGAUGGCGAUGACGAAGACGAAGACGAAGAAGAAGAAGAAGGCGGAGGAGGAGGAGGAGAAGAGGCAGACGACGAUACUGAAUCUCAAGACCAGGAGUCCCCUCGUCUUGAUGCGGAUCGACGUCGGUCUUCCCAAGCGAUCCCUGGUUCUCGUCGCAAAGUCAGCUCGCAGCAAGAGUCAGCUUUUGCCGAGAACUUGAGCGAUCCUUCGGCCCAUGGAGCUGACAGCCGAGCGGGCGGGGUGGGCGCGGUGGUCGGUCCAGGCCCUCACGAUUCAUCUCUCACGCAGGCUCCGGCUGGUCCAAAGAAGCUGCGCAGAAAAUCUAUCGUCGCGGCAUCACUUCCCGUGGCCCGAAACCGCGGCUCGUCGAGUGCGGGAGGGGCCAAGCUCGUGCGCCGAAAGAGUUCGGCCUCUCAACGCCGUCCCUCAACGGGGCAGCAAUCGUCAAACUACGAGUCCGCCGUCGGCGACUCUGACAGCGAAGAUGAUGAUCACCAUGCGGGCCGACGAGGCUCUCGAGCACGACUCGGGUCUCGCGGCGCCGCGUACAUCGCGCCCGGCGGAGGCAUCGACAACAAGGAAGAGUUUGCACCCGCCCACACCUCGCGACCCCAUGCUGUCCGCCGACAGAGCAUGAUUUCGUUUUCUCGAGUCGACAUCGAGUAUGACGAGGAAGAAGAUGAUCUCAAGCAGAAAGGAAGCGCGAGGUCGUACGGGCCUGGUCUCGGCUCGACGACAUCCACCGCAUCCGCCAAGCCUUCGCCUCAGCGAGAGGUCAACGAGAUGGACCUCACCCCCCAAGAUCGACACUAUCUGAAUCGGAUGAUGAUAAAGUGAGUCUUGUUGGAGCACCAAGUGCCCGACCACACGAUACCAGCGGCUGACAACAGGUGACACAUAGUCUGGAGAUCCAGCGAGAAGGCUCGGCUUUGUCCAAGAUCGGUGCCCUGACGGUCUAUGGCGAGCCCUUCCUCCCUCAUCCCAACGGUCCCAAUUCCCGUCCUCGCCAUCUAGCUCCACAGAGCGGCGGCUUGCUCAGCAUGGUCGGUAUGGGCGGCGGCGGCGAGGCCAAGCGUGAAGCCGGCUUUGAGAAUUAUGAAUGGGAAGAAGGUCAAAACCUCGAAUCGCCCGUGCUGCGGUACCUCUUCUGGCGCUUCUUGUACCACAUGCCAGUUUUGCGUGAAGCCAAGCCCGAAUACUGGACGGACCGCAUCCAACCGUUCUGGGACUCGUUCAUGGAACGGGACCUCUCGACCACAGCCGAGCGUGCUGAGAUCACCAAACGACGCCUUUUGGGUAUGGGAUUCACCCGAGUCCUUGGCACCUACACUUCCACAUGCCUGCCCCCGCAAGGGCGGCAUGCGCCUGCGCGACCGUCCAUCUCCGUCAUGCGCCGCAUCGAUCAUCUCGUUCCUGGGUCCAUGGACAGCCUGUGGAUGUCGUUCAGGCCCAAAGAGCCCAUCGCUUACAACGCAUGGUCAGCGAUCGUUUCGGAAGAAGAAAGUGGUGGCGAAACGGCUUUCCUCAUCAUUUCACGCGUGCUUGUGGUCGAAGGAGGUCCGACGUACUUAGUACUGCGCAAGUGGUCCGCGUUCGUGAAGUUGGCGCGGGCCAUGGAAAAAGUCGAUCCCAAAAACUUGCUCGAUACACCUCUGCUACCCGUUUCGAGCCUAAAAGUAGCGCCUCCUCGAGCUCAGCUGCAGCAGUACUUGCGCAUGCUCAUCAUUGCGCUCUCGUCGCCUCCGUCUCAACUGAGCGACAGUGCGAUGCUAACGGACGCUCGCAGUAAGCUCGAAGCAUUCUUGCUGGGAUCAGCGGAGAAGGCGAGUCUGCAGGAACUUCAGGAAUGGGUCGCCGAAGGGGAAAGAGACGAAGACAAGGCGGAGCGGCUGCGAGAGCAAUGGGUCCGAGUCGGCCGACGAGGCAAAAAGCUGCGCACCACUUGGGCGCUCUAUCGAAGCGCACUUAUCUCCGGAGCUGAGAUUGACAAGUCGAUGGCGCUUGUGAAGCGCACUUCGCAGCUCAAGACCUUGCCCGAGUCCUACCGUGACGCCGAAGAAUGGGCACGCAUUUGGGUCGCCUACAUGUUCCACUACUUUUUCAUUUCGAACGAAAAUGGACCGGAGAUCCUCGCACUCCUCAAGUCCUUCCAUGACCUGAUCCCUUACGCUGCUCUGAAGCUCGGUCUUUCGCUCGUGAACCCGACGCUGGCCAUUCGAGCAAUCGUACAGAUUUUAUUGGGUCAGCCGGCUGGACAAGCAUCCCUCUUCCAGCGCAUCUUUGCGAUCAUUUGCAACAGCGGUAUCAAGCAACAAAAGAAGCUCGCCGCGCAAUUCCGCGCUCGCAUCGACAGCGAGAUCGUAUGCGCAGCGAUCGAAAAGCAUGUCUACUCUGCCUACGAAGUGCGCCAAGCAACUCGAGCGCAGGCAGGUGCGUUAAUUCGGCUUCGGAAUGUUUUUAAACCAACAAUCUGGCUGACCCAGUAUCUGGCCCUCUCUAGAGAAACGCGGCGAAGAGAUCGUCAUCACGAUUAUGCGCGUCCACGCCAACGACACGCAGGUGAAGAUGCUCAAGGAUUGGCACUCUGAAUACAUCCGACGCGGCGGCGUCGACGUAGAAGUGGACGAUAUUUCAAAAGCGGGCAAGUUUCAGAAUGUCAAGGGCCUAUUGGCUGCCGUCUGUCGCACACGGGACCGUGAGCAAGUCGUAGGUAUCGUCAUGGAGAGCAACACACCCAAGACGCUGUACGCUUCCGUGUCGAUCUUUUACAAGACGAUUUACAAAGUUGCUGAAGCGUCGAACCUUUCGGAACGUCUGGGUGACUUGCAAGCUUUCCUGGACGACAUGAUCAAGGUCUCCUACUCGGAGAAGAACAGUUCGUGUAUUUUGGCAGUAUCGGAGUGGUGGUCUCAUUUGAUGCUGAUCAGACAUUCGCUUGUUCAAUUUCAGCGCCGGCCGAUUUUAUCGCCCUCGCGGCACGCCACGUUCAAAAGCUGUACUAUAUCAUGCAUGAGCUGGCAUCGAACGGUGGAAAUCUGCUCGACCCAUUGAUUGACUGGAGCAAAUCUGGUCUCGCCUUUAUCCGUGAAGGCGUUCCUCCGGUCGAAACUCGAAAGCCGGGGAGACGCCGCAACUCGACUUCCUCGCGCCGUGAGGGAGGCGACUUGAAGGCCGCUUCCGAAGCUCCUCAACGCGUAGGGGUCGACUACGACGCCUUGCUCGCGAGUCAGCCCGAGAAGACUCGCAAAGCCGUGCUGAGUGAGGUUCGAGCCUUGGCUUGCUGGACGAGUUAUCGCAAAGUCUACUCGGACAUUUCCUUGCGAGUCGAUCUCUUGCAGGUCGAGCAUCCUGAUCCGGCGUCUGCUGCGGGGGCAUGGGCCGCUUCAUUGGACAAAGAUCUCUUGUACGAGGACCUGGUGCUGCAGGACCGGGAGGUGAUGAAUUUGCUCGUCAAACGCGAAGACUCUCCCAUGGAGUUUGGAUGGUUCGGCGAACUGGAAGGCAUCAAUGGGCUGCUCGUCGACUGGAGGCGCGUCGAAAAGGUCGAGAAGAGCGUCGCCGAGAAGAGGAGACGGCAGCAGGGCAAACCGGCACGUAGGGGCCUAUUCACGAAGAGCUCGAAGACGAAUGACGAUCGAGAAGAAGAAGAGGAAGAAGUCAAGAAGACUUCGAUUCAACUGCCAGCGCCGAGCGUCAACUCUUCGAAAUCGUUGUUGGUGCAGUUCGUCGACAGCAUUGGUCCGGCUCUGCGAGCCGCAAUCGACAACGACGUCAAGUGA